GGGGGCAGAGGGGCAGAAACUGCUUAGCUGCUUAUUCCUCUUAAUGCUAUUUGAUAAAAUAUAUUUAACAAUCUAAAGCCAUUAAUAAACCAGUAAACAACAACAAUUUCGAGCAAAGGAACAACAUUUUCGAGCAAAACAACACCAAUUCUAAGCAAUAACAAAAAAAACCUAACUUUAGCAAAAAUGGUGAAAUACCUUGAUUCAAACGGUUGAAAGUUGGUAUAAUGGAGCACAAACACUCUAGCUUACACCGUGUCUCUUUUUCCCUUUGAUUUCACCUUCGUUUGGACGGAAUUCGGCCGGAGCUGCAAAGGGGUCGUCGUUUUUGAGUCGCAAGCAGAGGGGCGCGUUCGAGCUUCUGUCGUCGUUCGUCGUCUGAGGAAAGGGGGUGUAUUUGGGUUUUAAAUGAGCCGCCACUUGAAGUGGCGGUUUUUGUAUAGCAGUAGAAGAGCCGCCACUCCAAGUGGCGGCUUUUGUAAAGAUGUACAAAAGCCGCCACUUGGAGUGGCGGCUUUCCUUAACCAUGGUUAACCCCAGCAGUAUUUCGGGAAUUAUUCUUAACCCGUCAGUAUUUUGGGAAUUAUUUAUUUAAUUAGCAUUAUUCCGGGAAAAAACUCCAUUUGGUAAUGAGAAAUGGUCCCAAAUAGGACUAUAACUUAGCUAAUAUACCUAAGAAAAAAGAUUGGGGUACACACUUUUUGUACACAAAAAGUGUACACUCGUCUGUCCCCCACAGACAAAUUGUCUGUCGCGAGAUGAGUUGUCUGUCCCACAGACAAUUUGUCUCGCGACAGACAAUUUGUCUGUGGGGGACAGACGAGUGUACACUUUUUGUGUACAAAAAGUGUGUACCCCUAGCAGGAUAGGACUUCAAUGAUUUUUAUACCUAAAUAGGUCUAAAUUUUCCGUGCCUCCCUAAAUUACCCCUGCAUCCCAACACUUGAGAGAAUGGUCUCGGAAUAUAGCUCGCUGCAAUUCAACACCCAUCUACCGAUGUCCUCUGGAGAAGGUGAACAGGAGAAGAAUGGGAGCAAUCGUAGAAGAUGAAGAACUAGAGAAGAAGCUGCACACUUUGAAAAUAAUUAGAUCGACGAUGAAGAAGAGACGAUGGACAACGAGGAAGGUGCCGCCGGCGCCGGUGAAGAUAUUGCAGAUCCGUUCUUUUUCCACUCCUCCUCCUCCUCUUUUUUCCCUCCUCUCGUUUUCUUCCAUGGCCGCUCUUUUUUCUUUCUGCUACAGUGCUACUUCUUUCAUCCGCCUCUGUUACGUUAUUUUCUUCUUUUCUUCCGCUUUGUUUUUGCUUUUGGGUGCUCGUGAUUCCACUUUGUUUGGUUUUUAAAUGUUUUUUCAACUUGCUUUUCGAAAUAGUCAUGCCAGUAACAACAUGUAUUUGUUUUACUAGAUUUACUUCCUGGUGAAGCUUCUCUUUACUACUCGUAAUUGUUUUGUUCUGUUUUACGAAGUACUAAAUUUCCUUUUCGAAAUAGUAGAAUGCAAAAGCCAAAGGAGUGUUGCUAGAAACUCCAGCUAAGACUCAAAAUGAUGCUCCCCAUUGAAGAGCCCAAUAUUUCUUUUAU